GAAACAGUUCCGAAAAAUCGGCGUUUCUCGCGUGUAACUUAUCGUCUGUCAUCCUUCUCAUCGUCCUUAUCCAUUCAUUCUGCCGCUGGGAACCCGCGAAGAGGGAAGGAAAAAGAAGAAUAGGAAUCGUGGUUAUCCAUAGGGACCGGAAGUUCCGGGACGCCCGAAAGACAGUGGUCCUGAGAUUGAAGAUCGUUUGUAAAUAGAAGCUCUGUUAUGUCUUCGGGGUAGUCUCACGAGGUGCGGAGGAACACGCGAGAAAGGAAGCAAAGAGGACAACCAGGAACGAGGCAACCUUUUUCACGGCGAGGUGACGGAUAUCUAACGGAGAAAUGACAGAGGCAUCGAGAGAACCGGAGCUCGGGGAUCCCGAGAGUCCCGACAAAACCGCGUUGAACCUGACCGCCACGUCUGGCAAGAAACCGCUACCAGAACGUGGCACAUGGAGCACCAAAUUAGAUUUUAUUUUGAGCGUGGUUGGCCUGGCGAUCGGAUUGGGGAACGUCUGGAGAUUUCCGUAUCUCUGUUACAAAAAUGGCGGUGGCGCUUUUUUAAUACCGUACUUCCUGACGUUGGUGCUCGCCGGUAUACCGAUGUUCUUCAUGGAGUUAGCUCUCGGCCAGAUGCUUACCGUUGGUGGCCUCGGUGUUUUCAAGAUAGCGCCGCUUUUCAAGGGUAUCGGAUACGCCGCCGCCGUCAUGUCCUGCUGGAUGAACGUCUACUACAUCGUCAUCCUCGCAUGGGCUGUCUUCUAUUUCUUCAUGUCCAUGCGAAGCGAACUACCAUGGGGAAGCUGUAACAACGUCUGGAACACGAAGAACUGCGUGAACCCGUACGACAGAGACUCUUUGUCCUGCUCGAACAAGCGUUUCAAGGGGUUCCAUUUCGUCCAGAUGUGCACCGUGAACAACGUCAGCAUGCCGAUCACAGAGCUCACCGAUCCGGUGAAAGAGUUCUGGGAGCGACGAGCGCUCCAGAUUAGCGAGGGCGUGGAAUACGUUGGGAACAUCCGCUGGGAAUUGGCCGGGACGCUUCUCCUUGUCUGGAUCCUCUGUUAUUUCUGCAUUUGGAAGGGCGUGAAGUGGACCGGUAAGGUCGUCUACUUCACCUCCCUAUUCCCGUACGUUUUACUGACGAUUCUUCUGAUUCGUGGAAUCACUCUGCCCGGCGCGAUGGAGGGUAUACGAUUUUACAUCAGCCCGAAUCUCUCGAAGCUAAGAGAGUCAGAGGUAUGGAUAGACGCGGUCACCCAAAUUUUCUUCUCGUACGGUCUCGGUCUGGGCACCCUGGUCGCUCUUGGUAGUUACAACAAAUUCACGAACAACGUCUACAAGGACGCCCUUAUCGUGUGCUCGGUGAAUUCGUCGACCAGUAUGUUCGCUGGUUUUGUGAUAUUCUCCGUAGUCGGCUUUAUGGCCCACGAGCAACAGAAACCUGUCGCGGAGGUCGCCGCUUCCGGGCCAGGAUUGGCCUUCUUGGCUUAUCCGUCGGCGGUCCUUCAGCUUCCAGGGGCGCCUAUAUGGUCUUGUUUGUUCUUCUUCAUGCUCUUGCUUAUCGGCUUGGAUUCGCAGUUCUGUACCAUGGAAGGGUUUGUCACUGCCAUGGUGGACGAGUGGCCACAGCUGCUUCGCCGACGCAAAGAGGUCUUCAUCGCGAUCGUCUGCGUGCUCUCUUACAUUAUAGGACUCUCCUGUAUAUCCCAAGGUGGCAUGUACGUCUUCCAGAUUCUCGACUCGUACGCCGUUUCCGGUUUCUGUCUGCUCUUCUUAAUCUUCUUUGAAUGCAUCUCGAUAAGCUGGGCCUUCGGCGUUAACCGAUUCUAUGAUGCCAUUAGGGAUAUGAUUGGGUACUAUCCCCUAAUGUGGUGGAAAUUUUGUUGGACGAUCACUACUCCAUUAAUCUGUGUUGGCGUUUUCAUCUUCAAUCUGGUACAAUGGACACCUGUAAAGUAUUUAGAUUAUGAGUACCCAUGGUGGUCACACGUGCUCGGCUGGAUCACCGCCUUAUCCUCGAUGCUUUGCAUACCUGGUUACAUGCUCUAUGCCUGGAUGACAACGCCAGGAGAUAACUCAACGAAAUUCAAGUUAUUAGUACGAAUAGAAGACGACGUAACGAGUCUGCGAAUAAAAAUGGGCCAGCCAUCGCUCGAGCUAACACCGCUUUAACUGCCAUGAAUCUGUCUCGAUCCCUAAAGGAAUUAAUCUGAUUUUACUAAUUCUGAUUUUUACUAACCCCU